AGCAGCUGUGAUCAGUCCGCGUCUGUGACAGUCAGCAGAAGGUCAGCUCGGAGUUUCAGAGCCGCAUAAAAACACCCAAACGGAGCUGUUUGGGGUUUCAGAUUAUCCAGCGCAGUUUACAUCUGUCACGUCCCGAUGUCGGGUUCAAAAUGCAGGCAACUGAGCGGAACUCUGGUGAAAGAGCUGCUGGACUCUGUCGACAGCGUCCUCUUCGACUGUGAUGGAGUCAUCUGGCGGGGGGAUCAAGUCAUCCCCGGCGCCCCCGAAGUCAUAAACCUGCUCAAAAAGCACGGCAAGAAGGUGUUCUUCCUCACCAACAACAGCACCAAGACGAGGAAGAUGUACGCCGACAAGAUGUCCACGCUGGGCUUCGGGGUGUCGGAGGAGGAGGUGUUCGGGACGGCGUACUGCUGCGCCAUGUACCUGAAGAAUGUGUGCAAGCUGCAGGGCAAAGUCUACCUGCUGGGCAGCGACGCCAUGAGGCAGGAGCUGGAGGCGGUGGGGAUCCAGCAGACCGGGGUGGGACCCGAACACAUCUCCGGGAAGCAGAUCGACUGGGCCAACGUGCCUCUGGACCCCGAGGUGAAGGCGGUGGUGGUCGGCUUUGACGAGCACUUCAGCUACAUGAAGCUGAACCGAGCCAUGCAGCACCUGCUGCAGCACGACUGUCUGUUCGUGGGGACCAACCGGGACACCAGGCUGCCCCUCGAGGGAGGCAGGGCCGUCCCAGGUACGGGCUGCCUGCUGCAGGCCGUGGAGACGGCAGCCCAGCGUCAGGCCCAGACGGUGGGCAAACCCAACCACUUCAUGUUCGACUGCGUGUCCUCCCAGUUCGGCGUGGGACGGGAACGCUGCCUGAUGAUCGGGGACCGGCUCGACACUGACAUCAAAAUGGGCUCAAACUGUGGCCUGAAGACCCUGCUCACCCUGACGGGGGUCAGCACGGUGGCGGACGCCGAGGAGCACCUCAAGAGCGGGUGUGAGGAGAGGCGGGGGAUGGUGCCGGACUUUUACGUGGAGAGCAUCGCAGACUUCCUUCCUGCUCUCCGGGGAUAAGACAGACAAGUGUUGCCACAUGACACAUGACGAUCUUAUCUACUGUGAGCUGGACGAACCCGUCCGGCUGAUGAUACUGCAGGGUCCACCGUCUUCAAGAAAGGAAUAUUUUUUAUUCGUUAUUAAAAUAAUCUCUAUAACAAAGUUAUAACUGAGCUUUUAGCUUUUGCGGUUUGACAGAGAAACUAUAAAGACUAUCCAGAUUUUAUUUAUGUUAACCAAAGUUGUGAAUUUCAACAAGAUGUACAUUUUUAAUUAUAUAAGAACACAGAUAUUCAGAACUGCUUCAGUGUUGAGAGAGGAUUCUUGUUUUGGGAAGAAUUGAGUCUACAUCAUUGGUUCCUUAUUUAACCCAUGUUGCAAGUUCCCCUUUAGCUACUACUAGGAAGUUGAGGGGAAACGAGCACAAAAAAGUGUCAGCAGUGUCAUAAUGUGUCCAGGUUUACAUCUUUGUUUCAAAGCCUUAUGUGUAUUUUAAGACCUCAACACAAUAAUCCGAUAACUCCACGUAGAUUCGAUGGGUGGGAUGAUGAUAAUCCGCCCUGAGUUUUUUUUGUUUAAACACAGACAUUGUUUAAAGUUGCUUCAUACUGCAAAGUUUGUGCUCCCAGAGUCAACAAAGGCCAUGCUCUCAUACGUAAUAAAAUAUUUUUCUCAAA